AUGAUGCAACGUGAUGGAAAUCAACUGGGUGCACAGUCCGGUUCAGCAGUCGGUUCAAGCGCGACCGGCGGAAGUACCGGGCCCAGUGCCGGUUCGUCAGAGGCACUUCUCGAGCAACUCGCCUCUUCAGCAGCUAUGACCACCGGUCAGGGUGGCGCGAAUCAGCCGGGUGGACCGCGAAGCUCGAUCGGUUCACCCCGAACCCCACAGUCCGGAGUGCGUGCCAAGGUGAGUUACACAAGGAUUGUGAUCAUCAGCUCGCCGUUCUCCAUUGAAAUAUUGCUCAAUAAUUUGAGUGUGUGCGUGUGUUUAAUAGUACUGUGUAGGAAACACCCUUACUUCCCCACGAAUUGA